ACCAUCAGACGCAUCUUGGGAAAACACAACAUCACCAUGAAGCAGCUCUACAGGGUCCCAUUUGAGAGGAACAGCGUCAGGGUCAAAGGACUUCGAGCUGAAUAUGUACGGAGAAUCUUGGCCAUGGAUGGAGCUGCACAGCCUCAUGAAUUCAUUUUCAUUGAUGAAGCUGGAUUUGACCUGAUCAAAACAAGACGACGGGGUCGUAAUGUAAUUCGCCAAAGGGCAAUUGUGCACGUCCCGGGGCAGCGCAGGGGAAAUAUCACAUUGUGUGCCGCCAUAAGCCUUCGGGGGCUUCUACAUCAUCAUGCAAAACUAGGUCCAUACAAUAGCCAACAUAUACUCACAUUUCUAGAUGCUGUCCAUAAUAUAGUUGUACAGAACAGACCAGAUCAGCCCAGGUUUGUGGUGGUAUGGGAUAAUAUCAGUUUCCAUCGGGCUGCUCUGGUCCAGACCUGGUUCACCAACCACAAUCAGUUUGAAGUGGUAUACUUGCCCCCUUACUCACCAUUUUUAAACCCUAUAGAGGAAUUAUUUUCGGCUUGGAGAUGGCGUGUAUAUGACCGCCAACCACAUGCCCGCAUGCCUCUUCUGCAGGCAAUGGAUCAGGCCUGCGGCGACAUUCAGGUGACAGCAAUCCAUGGAUGGUUUCGACAUGCUAGGGGAUAUUUUCCCCGGUGCCUAGCGGGAGAAGACAUUGCUUGUGAUGUCGAUGAGGUCCUGUGGCCAGACCCCAACAGACGGCGGGAUCCAUGAGCCCACGUAUGCAAU